AUGGUUGCCCUGAAAGCUGGUCCAGAUCGGACUUUGGGAUCCUCGAAUGACUUGAACUUGCUUCUUGAUAAGACACCUUGGUAUCGAAACACACAAUUGUUCAAAGUCGACGCUAUCUCGCUGUCUAUCAUACUGCUAUCAUCCUCCGUCGGCUAUGAUGGGUCUCUCCUCAACGGUCUCCAAGCACUAAACCAGUGGGUUGUGUUCAUGGAACACCCUUCCAGUGUCUGGCUGGGAUUCGUGAAUGCGAUUUAUUGGAUUGGUGCAUUUGUAUCCGCCUUGCCAGCUCCCUAUAUCGCAAACCGCUAUGGCAGAAAGCCCGGUAUCCUCAUUGGUUAUGUUUUUCUCAUUGCUGGAGCUGUUUUGCAGACAGCAGCCCGCAAUAAAACUGAGUUUCUCAUAUCCCGACUUCUGAUUGGCCUCUGUGUUGGGUGGAUGAAUAGCUCUGCGCCUCUACUGUUGAACGAAAAUGCCUAUCCGAGUCAUCGUUCUAUUGUCAGUGCUCUCUACAUGUGCGGAUUUUACAUGGGUGCUGUCAUCUCCUCGUGGGUAACAUACGGGGCUCGAAAUUACGGCUCAUCAUGGUGCUGGCGUCUCCCGUCGGUGUUCCAGUUGCUUCUCCCGCUUUGUGCUCUGCCGGGUAUACUCUGGAGCCCUGAAAGCGUACGGUGGCUCAUUUCAAUGGAUCGAGUCGAAGAGGCCCGCCGGGUCAUCGCUAAUCUUCAUGCCGGUAACGACGAAAACGCUCUUUUGGUUAACUAUGAGAUGGCAGAAAUCACGGAGACUAUUCGGGAAGAGAAUGAAGCAUUCGAGUCGGCAAGCUAUGCGGAAAUGCUGCGAACACCAGGCAACCGCAAACGACUGUUUAUCAGUGCAACAUUGGGAAUCUUUUCGCAAUGGUCGGGCAAUGGGGUCAUAUCCUACUAUCUUUCCAUGGUGUUGAAUUCGAUUGGCAUCACCAAUACCGACCAUCAAUUACUGAUAUCUGCAUGUCUACAAAUUUGGAACCUGCUAUUUGCGAUAGGAGGUGCCCUAUCCGUCAACCUUUUCGGGCGACGCAAGCUCUUUUUGUUAUCAGCCGGUAUUAUGCUGGUAAGCUAUGUGCUGGUUACGGCCUUUUCCGGCUCAUUUGCCACCACUGGAUCUACAUCCACUGGCGUUGCAGUGAUCCCAUUUCUAUUCAUUUACUUCGCCGGCUAUGAUAUCGCUAUGACGCCUUUGAUCGUAGCAUAUCCCGUCGAAAUUUGGCCGUUCCGUCUCCGGUCGCGCGGUAUCAUUGUCACAUGGCUCACAACUAUCUGUGCCAUGUUGUUCAACACUUUCGUGAAUCCGAUUGCCCUGUCGGCUAUUGGUUGGCGCUAUUACCUUGUCUUUGUCGCUGUUCUCGUGGUCUUCGCCUUCACGGUUUUCUUUGCCUAUCCUGAGACACGGGGCUUUUCGCUUGAGCAAAUGGCUAUUGUCUUCGAUGGUGAUGAUGCCGCCGUCUCUCGCAAUCCAAUGGAGCGUGCUUUGAACGAAAUGGAUGCCGAAGACAGCAAGGCGACCACAGCCGAGUUGGAAGAGCUGUGA